AUGUAUGAAUUGGACGAGCAGCAGUUUUUUGAGUAUUUUCGCAUGUCAGCCGAGACUUUUGAUGAAUUACUGGGUCUGCUGGAAUCGGAAAUCUCCCACAGCCAGACGCACGCUCAGCCUGUAUCCGAACGUCAAAGACUUGCCUUAACUUUAAGAAUUUUAGCACACGGAAUAACUCAAAAAGCAGCAGCGCAAAGUUUUUGUCUAGGAACAUCCACGGUCAAUCAGAUUUAUCGCGAGACAUGUGCUGCUUUAUGGAAAAUUUUGCGCCCGAUUUGUUUACCACCCCCGUCUGAAGAAAUGUGGAAAAAAAGCGCAUUCGAAUUUAAUAAAGAAUGGCAGUUCCCGAACUGCAUCGGAGCUAUUGACGGAAAGCACGUUCAGAUAAAGAAGCCACGCAACGGCGGCAGCCAGUACAUUAACUACAAAGGCACCCAUUCCAUUGUACUAAUGGCUGUAGUUGGACCGGAUUACAGGUUUUUAUACGUCGACAUAGGAGGAUACGGGAGACAGAGCGAUGGUGGAACAUGGAGAAAUUGUUCCCUCGGCAAGGCUCUUGGAGACGGUUCACUGCUUUUACCUCAACCAGAGCGACCUCUACUCUGCCAGCAUCUGAUGCCGCACGUAUUUGUUGCCGAUGCCGCAUUUCCGAUGUCCGUGAAUCUGAUGCGCCCGUAUCCCGAUCGGAAACUUACACGUUAUCAAAGAAUCUAUAACUACCGCCACUGUCGCGCGAGGCGUGUGUCAGAAAAUGGUUUCGGCAUUCUGGCUGCCCGUUUUCGUAUUUUUCGUCGUCCCAUGGACUUCGAGCCUGAGCAGGUUGUGCUUACUGUACAAGGAGCCGUAGUUUUGCAUAAUUUCCUGUCAGCUAAAAGCCGUCAGAGUCAGUCAUCUUCUUACGUGUCUCCAACCAUGCUCGACAGGGAAAAUGAGGAUGGGACAGGUGUGACACCAGGAGAAUGGAGACGCAUCACGGCCGGAGACAGUGGUCUUGCAAAACUACGGGGCGGCCGCAGCAACCAACAAGCUAAUCUUGUUCGUAACCGGUUUUGUGAGUAUUUCAACACUGCCGGCAGUGUAUCUUGGCAAGAUAUUCGUGCUUUUGGAAUGGCUCAAGCCGACUCUGGGUCGGAUUCUGAAGACGAUCAAUAG